AAGUUUAGUGUAGUCUAUGUAUUAAAUAAUUCCAAAAUUUGUAUUUAUUUCUCCCAUGCACAAAAAUUAAAUUAAUAUUUAAAUUUCAAUAAAAAGAUCUUCAAAUUGACUUACCAUCAUCUAAAAGUAUAUAGGUCAAUAAGCUCAAUACAAAUGCAUUAUGAUAUAGUUUUCUUUUCCCUUUUCAUUUUGUGGAAUUAAGAAAAAUAAAGAACAAACUACAAUUUUUUAUAGUAGUUUAUUUUCAAAUAGUGGCGGCAGUUUUUUUUCUGGUUUUCUUUCUUCACUUUUUUCUAAAGAAAAAUUAAUUAAUUUUUUGUGAAGUACGAAGAUGUAAUAAAUGUGAUCCACCAGAGGAGUUGAGUGAGUUGCAAAUACGCCACUUUUACUCAACCUUUCUCAGAUUUGCGGCUCUGUUUACGGCGGGAUUGAAAUUGAUGCCAAUGAAAAAUCCUUAAACAAAGGUGAAGAAAUGAACACAUCAAAUGAUGAUGUGAUCAUCAGCAUCCAUGAAAAGGAAUUCACAAUCAAAGAGGCUGCAAAGAAUCCAAAAAUCCCCAAAUGCAAGAGCCCCUCGCUCUCAAGGUCUUACUCCAAGCCCAAGUCUAGAUUCGGCGAGCAAUCCGUGCCCAUCGAUGGCAAUGUGGCCGAGGAUCGGGCUGAUCCGGCCACGAGAGCCGACGAGAGCCAAGAAACGCCGCCAGCCUCGUCACCUGGCGGCGUAGGAGGCUUGGAUAAGGAUGAGGAGAUAUACGAAAAAGUGAGCAGCAUGAGGAAGCUCAAGUAUAGGAAAGUGAGAGUCAAGAUUUCCAUUGAAUGGUGUCUGUUCCUCGUCAUUCUCGGCUGCCUCAUCCUCAGCUCGACGGUCGAGAGCCUCGAGCAUCUCACCGUGUGGGAGCUGAGGGUGUCGCGUUGGCUCGUGCUCGUCUUGGUGACGUUUAGUGGGAUGUUGGUGACGCGGUGGCUGAUGCACUUCGUCGUGCUAUUGAUCGAGCUCAACUACUUGCUUAAAAAGAAGGUGUUGUAUUUCGUUCACGGCCUCAAGAAGAGCGUGCAGUUCUGCAUUUGGCUUUCGUUGGUGCUCCUCACUUGGAUCCUCCUCUUCCGCGAGAAGGCAAGGCGCUCGCGCCUCGCCACACGCGUCGUGGGCUUCGUGACGUGGAGCAUCGCCUCGUUGCUCAUCGGAUCCUUCCUGUGGGUGAUCAAGACUCUGCUCCUUAAGAUCCUCGCCUCGUCGUUCAACGUCAACACUUUCUUCGACCGGAUUCAAGAAUCCACCUUCCACCAGUACAUUCUCAUGACCCUGUCCGCUCCCCCGGCGCUGCUGGAGGAGGCCGCCUCCAGCAACGACGGGGAGAAGAUGAUGAAGAUGACUAAGAAUACGAAGAUAGACGUGAACAAGCUUCACCGGAUGAAGCAGGGGAAGGUCUCUGCCUGGACGAUGAAGACGUUGGUGGACGCGAUAGCCAACUCCGGCCUCACGACCCUCUCGAACGAGAUAGACGAGGGGGACUACGACGGAGGAGGCACGGAUAAGGAGAUCAGGAACGAGGAGGAGGCCAUUGCCGCUGCGUAUCAUAUCUUCAGAAACGUAGCGAAGCCCGGUUGCAAGCACAUCGAAGAACUUGAUUUGAGUAGAUUCAUGAUCAAGGAGGAAGUGGAAUUCGUGUUUCCAAUGAUCGAUGUGGCUGAGAGUGGCAAGAUCGAAAGGAAAGCUCUGAUAGAGUGGGUGCUGAAGGUGUACAAGAGCCGGAAGGCACUAGCUCACGCCCUAAACGACACGAAAACGGCCGUGAAGCAGCUGAACAAGCUCGUCACGUCCGUUCUCGUGGUGAUCAUGGUGGUGGUGUGGCUGCUCCUCACCGGAGUCGCAACCACCAAAGUGCUCAUCUUCUUCUCAUCGCAGCUCGUCCUCGCAGCCUUCGUGUUCGGGAACACGUGCAGGACCAUCUUCGAAGCCAUCAUCUUCGUGUUUGUGAUGCACCCUUUUGAUGUCGGUGAUCGCUGCCUCGUCGAUGGCACUCAGAUGAUCGUGGAGGAGAUGAACAUCCUAUCAACGGUCUUCCUCAAGUUCGACAACACGAAGAUAUACUACCCGAACAACGUGCUCGCCACCAAGGCCGUGAGCAACUUCUACCGGAGCCCGGACAUGGGGGACUCGUUCGAGUUCUGCAUCGAUUUCAAGACCCCAUUGGAGAAGAUAGGGCAUUUGAAGGAGGAGAUCAAGAGGUACCUAGAGAGAAACCACCACCAUUGGCAUCCCAACCACAAUGUGGUGGUGAAGGAGAUCGAGAGCAUGAACAAGAUCAAGAUGGUUGUGUUCUUCAACCACACCAUGAAUUUUCAAGAUUACGGUGAGAAGAGCCGGCGUCGCACCGGGCUCGUGCUCGAGAUGAAGAGGAUCUUUGAAGAGCUGAGAAUCGGCUAUGAUCUCCUCCCACAGCAAGUGCAUCUCGUCGAUUCCAAAAGGCAAGAAUAUGCCUAGUUUACUACAAGUGCAUUGUUGUUUGAAGAGUAAAACGACGCCGUAUCGACUUGGUGAAUGCAUGUAGAUCAAGGAAGAAUUAGUGUAAAGCUUUAGGCCAUGGAGAGGUAGAAGUAUCAAUUAAGUUGAGUGAUUCUCUAUCUCUCUCUUGUAUGUUGUUGGCUAAAUUUUCUAUCUAAUGCUCCUAUAUAAUUAUGCACAUGAUAUGUAUUUUAGAGUUCGUUAUUUAAAUAAUCAUUGCCAUUAAUUAGAAUUAUAAGUUGUUAUUAAUAAAUAAAAAAGUUAUUUUUCA